UAAAUGACUACAGCUCUCGAGGAGACACCAUCUUUUAUCUAUAAAGAGAUAAAGAGAACGUUUCAUUAUGACGGCUGGUGUAAGACACCUUCUAGGCUUGACCUUGGCCAUCGUCAGCUUUGUGGGGACCAUUGUCAUCUGUGCUCUUCCACAGUGGAGAGUCACAAAAAUCUUAGAGCAAUCGAGCAUUGUUGGUUCCCAGGUGUUCACUGAAGGUUUGUGGAAAGUCUGUGGUUCUUUCAGUGAACAGAUUUUGGCGUGCAACGAGUAUGAGAAAACACUUUUGCCUAUAAGUCAAGACCUGGAGGUUGCUAGAGCGCUCAUUGUUAUUGCCAUUAUCAGUGGUGUCAUUGGGAUCCUGCUUGGUGCUGCUGGAAGCAAAUUCAUGAACUUUGUGCCAGACGAAAGGAAAAGGAGUAAAAUGGCUAUGGCUUCUGGAGUUGUUUGUCUCAUUGCAGGCAUCUUUGUGCUAAUACCAGUCUGCUGGACCACCAACGCCAUCACCACCAUACAGGAUAAUUACAACAACUUUCUUCCUCAUGUCUCUUUGAAGAGUGAGCUUGGAGCCUCGCUUUACAUUGGCUGGAUCACCACAGCACUUCUGUUCCUGGGAGGAGGCCUCCUCUGCAGCUCCUUUAUCUGCCAAGAUGGAACUGACUAAAACAUUAAGUACACCAACCCUUGCCCUUGUAAAAAGCCUUAUUUACAAAGAGCAAUUAGUCAGUAAUUUAGUUACUCAUAUUAACCUAAGCUUAGAAAUCCAGAAGUCUGUUAAAAAAAAAAGGAAACAAAAGUUGAAUGAAUAGAAUAAGAAAGUCUAAAAUCGAAUUAAAAUAG